UACACAUCAACACGGAUAGGCCUUGAGGCUAAGUUAUAAAGCGGCUACUGAUUGGUUUUCUGUAUAAAUAUUUUACUGAAAACUGAUUGGCUCCUUGGAAACGGAAUGUUCAGCUCGACCGCUUAUAAGCAGACCGUUUAUGCCAUAAGUACGUCAUUCUGCAGGCCCAAGAAGACUAUUGAAAGAUCAAGCGUAUUUUAUCACCUUUACGAAAUAAACUGAUAUGGCGAGAGUUCCUUUUCGUCGGUUAGAAGAGACUGAAAUACGGAAGCCUUCCAAAGUACGCUUGGUUUUCUUGAUAUUUCUACUGCUGCUAAUUAUUCUAUCCGGAAUCUUCAUUCUGCUGUAUUUUAAAGUCUUUAAAGUCAAUAAAGAAAAGGCCAAACCUUGUAGCUCUCCUGCUUGUAUCAGUGCUGCAGGUAUGUUUGGGGCGCUUUCAUUUCGUGCUUUGCUGGGACAGAAUAUAACUACAAAAUAAUUCAAAUAAUUAAUGAUUUUUUUCUGUGUUCGGCUAGUAUUCCAAAGGUUGUACAGUAGGUUCGAUUCUCACCGUGGCCAGGCAUAUUUUUCAAGCUUGCCCGGUGUGUUUAUACACUCAGAGUAACAUCACAAACAUCCAUUAAUUUAAUGAUUUAUUGAAAUGUAUAUAUACUCAUUAUGGCCUAUGAGUGCAUACUUAUUGCUCAAACAGCCUCUUCCGUUUGCAAUAUUCGGUAUUCUGUUACUAGCAAAACAAUGAAUUCUGCGGAAUCACGAACCGUGACUUAUUUCAGCCAUCAAAACAUCUCACCUUUUAUCUUGUUCUGGCAAAGCGCGAUAAUAAAUUAACAGUUCCUAAAAAUAAAAAAUAACAUGUCUUUACACCUUAUCGGGGUUGCGUACAUUUCAGUCUGUGGUGUUCAGCAUGUAAGUUUCUAUAACCCUGCAACAUUCCAGCAAGACAGGAAGUUUAAUUCACACAAUAAAGCAUUCAUUCAGUCAAUAUAGUUUUUAGUGAACCUAUGUCGUAGAACAUAUUUCAAAUCUGCUCCUUAUAUAAUUAUGUAAUAAUUCAUAUUUUGUUUUAACAUUUGUGUUAACAUUUCAUUGUGUGAAAAUCGUCAUAUGUAUAUAGAAUAAUUUCAUGCUGAAAGCCACUGACUCAGGAAUUCCAGUUCAAUUAUAUGCGUGGCCGUCUCUAAACGGAUUCCAUGCAUUCCUUUUUCGACUGGUUAGAUUGCAGGUGUUUCUAUUCGCCCAGGUAUAAUCCUUCUUGCAGCCCGAAAUUGUUCCGCUUUUCAUUGGCGGUUUCCUUCUUAAACAUGCAGCGGCUUUCGUUUGCAAAAUUUUUCUAUUACUAGCAAAGUAAUGAAUUUCUGGGAAAUCACGAACCGUGACUAAUUUCAACCCAUCAAAACAUCUCACCUUUCAUGAUCUAGUUCUGGCAAAGAGGGAUAAUAAAUUAACAGUUCCUAAAAAUCGAAAAUAACAUAGUCUUUACUCUUUACACCCUGUCGGGGUUGCGUGUUUCAGUCUGUGGUAUUCGGCAACAUGUAGUUUCUAUAACCCUGCAAAAUUCCAGCAACACAGGAAGUUUAAUUCACACAAUAAAGCAUUCACUGUCAUGGAAGAGGCAAAUAUUUAAUCUAUAUAUUAAAUAGCUAUUACCAACAUAUGUAGAGAUUCUAUAACUGUUGACUUGAGGUUAUAUAUACGUCUAGUUCAGGGUCACUGAUAAAGAAAAUCUGCGAAUAUACCCGUUUUCAAAAUUACGCGACCUACCCGAAGAAUGAUCUUAGUUCGAAUCAGUAGCUUUUUUUUAUUUUCACGCAAACUGCUAAAAGUACUAGUAAAACUAAAAUUUCUUCCAACUCGCCUAGUUGCAGUUAAACCGCAGCCGCCCGAUCUACCUCCCCAUACGCCGCAUGCUGUAUACAACUUGUCGACUAUCUUGUAGAUCUAGGGGAUAACCUCGCUAUAUAAAUGCCCAUUUAUAGAAGAAUAUCGUAUAACUUUAUAAAACUAUGGAGGUUGAAAGUAGCACGACAUUUUAAGAGCGUAUGAAGAUGUGAAUUUUCAUUGAAAUUCGGCUAAAUUUAAAGGCAACACACUAGGAGUCUAUAUAGCCUGUGGAGUCGUACUAGAAGAGAUUGCCCCUUUGACGGCCUGAGAAAAUCAGAUCCAUCUUAGGCACUCUGGCACUGCCAGUUCAGCCAACAAGACCAGUACAAACAAAUCUUUAAUUUAACUCGCGAACUAAAGAUGUCACAAGAACACAAGCAUCGAGAAAUCAGUUGCGUUCGCCGAUGGCGAUGCCAUUCGAUUCCGCAUUCCACUCCGCCUUUCAGUGAGCGAAAUUUAAUAGCAUGCAGUCAUUUAAUUUAUUUUGCUAAACAUUUUGCCUAAAUAGAGUUAGAGCGAUAAUGUUAUAAAACUAGCUAUAGUCCCGUGUGCAAGAUUUUCAAUUCUUCUUAUCUCGAAAAUCGUUUACCCGUUGCUUGGAAGUUAGCAGAUGUAAUUCCCAUUUCAAAACAGAAGCCUGUACGAACUGUAAACAAGGAUUUAAGGCCCGUUUCGUUAACACCAAUAGUCUCAAAACUAGCCGAGGAAGUGGUAGUUGAACAGUUCAUUAAACCGGCGAUUCUCAAAGUCGUGGAUCCUAACCAAUAUGGAACAGUGCCAAAAUGAUCUACCACGCAAGCUCUUAUUAGCAUAGCCCACAAUGUUGCUAAAGCCACUGAUGGCAACGGGGCCUUAGUUAGACUUGUUCUAUUGGACUUUAGGAAAGCAUUGAUCUCAUCGAUCAUCAGUUACUUAUGGUAAAGCUCCACUCUCUGGACGUUCCGCCGAGUGUUAUAAAUUGGGUAAGAGAUUUUUUGACAAAUCGUCAACAAAGAGUAAAGUUGGCCAAUGACUGCUAUUCAGAAUGGUCCCUAGUCCCGGCAGGUGUACCCCAGGGAACCAAACUCGGUCCUUGGUUAUAUAUUCUUAUGAUCAAUGACCUCAACACAGUCAGUAACAACCUCUGGAAAUACGUAGACGAUACGACUUUAGCCGAGGUAAUACCAGGCCCAGAGGAGAGGAUAGCAAUAUUCAAUCUGCGGUCGAUGAUAUCCAAAACCAAUCCAACACUCUGAAAUUUACCCUCAACGAGGACAAAUGUAAAGAGAUGCGAAUACAAUUAAGUAGAUAUACAACACUAAUUACCAGCGGCUUCCCCUAGUGACAAUCAACGGUAAACAGGUAGACUUGGUCUUCCCAAGUAAAGUUUUGGGUUUGAUUAUCAGCAGCGACCUUAAGUGGAAUAGUCAUAUUGAUAAUAUUGUUAAAAAGGCAUCCAAGAGAUUGUACUUUUUGCGACAAUUGAAACGUGCCAAAGUAUCUACCACCGAGACGAUGUGUUUCUACUGCACUUGUAUCCGACCAGUUGUCAAAUACGCAUCUCCUGUCUUUAAUUAUGGAAUUCCAUAGGCGUACCGGGCGUAGCCCCUCCCCCAGUUCUUUGGGCAGUCGGGCAAUAUUCGAUCAACAGUCGGGCAAUUUUGGUUUGCAAUAAAAAAAUGGGACAAAUUCUGUCAAGUUUGUCUAAAAUUAAGUCAAUUUUUUUUUUGUGGGGGGGGGGAAGUCGCCAAAAAAAUUUUUCCGGAAAAAAAUUUUGGUACUAGUCGGGCAGAAUCCCGAAAAAUCGGGCAAUUUUCUUUCCGCCCCCCUAAUUUUUUCCUUCCGGUACGCCCAUGUGGAAUUCCCAUAUAUCUGUGUAAAGACAUUGAACGAAUUCAGCGACGAGCCACGAAAAUCAUAUUUCCCACCAAGUUAUAUGCCGAAGCGCUCUCCCAUUCUAAGCUUCUAACUCUUGAAGAGAGACGUCAAAUGCGUGCGACAAACUCUUCAAAGAAAUAAUGGAAGAUAAAAAUCACAAAUUGCACCCACUCCUAUAAAUACCAGACCAGACCCGAAUACUGACGUAGCGUAUUCCCUGAGAACUUCGAGAACGUUUAAAAUUCCUAAAUGUAAGACUGAACGAUUUAAAAAGUCUUUUAUAAUUGCUGCUAUAGUUCUAAUAAUGAAAGCAUGCAGCAGUCACUGAGAAUUUUAUAUAUUUCGAAAAUAACUGUUAAUUUUAACUGUAAUUAUAUAUUCUUAAAUACAUUAAUAGAGAGUAUUAUUAAUUGAAAUAGAACUUAAAGUUACAAUUAUUUUUAUUAUGUUUAGUAUUUUUAAUCAGUAAUAGAUAGUAUAAUUAACUUCUUUUGUAAAAUUUAACCGUUGUAAUUCAGCCUUUUGGCUGCAAGAUUGUUUUUUGAAUAAAUUGUAAAUUUUUAAUUGAAAUUGUAAAUUGUCUAAAAUUAUGGAAAUUAUUGUCAAAAGUUAUUCACUCUCGCGUGUGUUGAAUAUAGGCUAAUGAAUUUCAUUUCCGAAAGAGGUAGCCAAAAUAUCACAGUGUUUGGACUUUAUAAAAUCAUCAUCAGACUAAACCCGGUUUAUACUAUCAAACCGUUUCUGUGAUCACAGAAGGAGUUUUAAAUGGAUAAACUAAUACCGGAAAAAGUACAAGAUAAGGAGGUCGUCCAGUUUAUUAGCUAUCCUGUAUAAACUAGAAAUACAGAUAAUUUCAAUCUUAACUCAUGCAACAAUAGUAUGCAAGCGAUGUUUAUUCGGAUAUGCGUGUAUUUGCGUGCCACAGUAAAGAAACGUCAUCAUAAGUUGGUACGAUUGUUAGUCAGUAAAUGUAUAUUGCAAGCAUCUAGUGACUGUGACUAGUGACUGUGACUUUUUUGACUGCCCAACAUCGACCCGAGAUGUUGGGCAGUCAAAAAAGUCACAGUCACUAGUAUUUUGACUAAUUGUAAAUGUUUAUAAUUAUACUUUAUAAUCAUGUGUAAUGACUUAGUUAUGCGUAAAAAAAUUACACAAGCGGCGACAAUUUAAAAUAAACUGUAGCAAGUAUUAAAAUUGCUGCAAUGUAGCCUGUGCACAACACAGAUCUUUCUAGCUCGGGUUGAAAGACACGAUCGCGAUUUGAAGCAUUUUCGGCUAUUUGAUUUGUGUGUUUAUGGUUACAUAUACAGUUGAAACAAACACGCUAAACAAAGCCAUUAAGACGAUUUUUUAAAAUUAUUUGUGAUUACAUGCUGCCCGGACUGUGUCGAGAUUCAGUCUGGGUCAAACCGGGCUGGUAUUUCAGCCCGGGAUGAAGCUUGAUAUUAAUUGUUCAUAAUUGUCAACUGUCAAAACCUACAGUAGCUCAUGUUUCAUUCGGUGUCGGGAUUUUCCGAUGCGAGAACGUGGUUUUUAGCCAAAGUGGGGAACGCGUUUCCAAGUUUCCUCUGGAACGCGUUCCAACCGCGUUCCGAUCGCGUUCCAACCGCGUUCUGACCGCGUUGGGAACGCGUUUGGAAUGCAUUCGGAACGCGAACGCAGUGUUAGGUUAUUUCUGAGCAGUACUGUACCUACGAUUUAACGAGAAUAUCUAGAGAUUAUCCAAGAAGAUGCAUAAGUCUAACCAAUUCAGCACUGUUAAUAUAAAUUCAGUAUUUAAAAAUGGCUUUCAAGCGUUCUGAUUGGCUGCCUCAGUAGUAACUCUGAGGCAAUAGAGACUGUUUGCAGAAGCUACAAAAACAACUAAAAUACUAUUCUUCAUAAACUUCGGGAAUUCCUAUAGGCUACACGUUUCAAAAUAUUACCUCGCAAUUUAAUAAAUCACUCGUGCAAAAUGUACAAGUGCCAAGUGGUAAAUUAGAGUGUGAACCUGUGUGUGAACGGUAAAUCCAGAGUUCUAGAGCAUGUUUUAGAACUGCUAAUUAAGGUAAAUCUUAGUAGCACAAAUCUUCCACCUUAAGCCCGGAUCAAACGACGAUGAGAGUGCAUGACAGUUGGCCGUUUAUUUCGCGUCCUUGGUUAGCUGUUCUUUAUGCUUUCUCAACAUCAUGUGCUAGUUAAAUAGCUGGAACACUCAUCAAACCUCUACUUUGUUGGUCUGGAACUUGAAAUGUCCCCCGCAACAAUAUGCGUGACUGCAUAUACCAACUCUAAUUUAAUUGAUUUAAAAAUUUAUAUUGCGCGUGUUGCAUAGGAGGAUGCUCACUCGCGCAUUACAUGAUAUGAUUAUCGCAUAAAAAUAUACUAAUAGAAAAUUGGAAUAUGGCACUAAUUUAAAAACCGUCAUACAAUAAAUCUAAGAGCAAACAAGGCUGCUAUAUAUUAGUUGUCAUAGUUUUGACAGCAGUGGCGGCGGAACAGAUUUCAUUUUGGGGGGGGCUAAAUCAGUAAAUAUUUUAUUAUAAUAUGAAAAGCCAAACAAGCAAAUCGUGGGAAUAAUGGCGUAUAUUGUGUCAGUUCAAGAAUGUUGUCGACUCUACCUUCUCACCUACAAACAUAGUAAAGAUAAUCUGUUAAUCACAGAAGCGCCAUUUCCAUUAGAACAUUGCAGAUUGUUUACGUUUCCGUUAAAGUUCAAAAGUUGUCACGAGGUCCCCAAAAAGUUCAUCACGUGGCACAUAAAAAUCUAUCCAAUUUAAGUACGCGCAUCAACACGGCUAUGCCUUGAGGCUAUAAGUUAUAAGGCGGCUACUGAUUGGUUUCCUGAAUAAAUAUUUCACUGGAAACUGAUUGGCUCCUUGGAAACUGAAUGGAAUGUUCAGCUCGACCGCUUAUAAGCAGACCGUUUAUGCCAUGAGGACGUCAUUCUGCCAGGCCCAAGAAGACUAGCUAGCGCUGCCGUGGAUUGAAAGAUCAAGCGUGUUUUAUCACUUUUAUGAAAUAAACUGACAUGGCGAGAUUUCCUUUUGAUCGGUUAGAAGACACUGAAGUACGGAAGCCUUCGAAAGUACGCUUGGUUUUCUUCAUAUUAUUUCUGCUGCUGCUUAUUCUGUCCGUAACGUUCAUUGUGCUGUAUUUUAAAGAGAAGACCAAAUCUACAGAUUCCUCUGAGAAGAUCAAAUCUACAGAUUCGACAUCUGAGAAGAUCAAACCUACAAAUUCGCCAUCUGCUGGGACUUGUUUUUCUCCUGCUUGUGCCACCAGUGCAGGUAUGUUUGGGGCUGUUUUCAUUAUAUCUCCUCGCACCAAGCGUGGUUUUCGUCACAUUUCUACUGCCGCUUAUUCUAUCCGGAAUCUUCAUUCUGCUGUAUUUUAAAGUCUUUAAAGUCAAUAAAGAAAACCCAAUUAAAUCUUCAAUUUCACCGUCUGAGAAAUGUAGUUCUCCUGCUUGUAUCAGUGCUGCAGGUAUGUUUGGGGCUGUUUCAUUAUGGCGCUUUGCUGGGACAGGAUACAACUACAAAAGAAAUAAUUAAUGAUUUUUUCUGUGUUGGGCUAGUAUUCCAAAGGUCGUAGGUUCGAUUUCUACCGUGGCCAGGCAUUUUUUUCAAGCUGUGUCAGAGUAACAUCGCAAACAUCAAUUGAUUUAUUGAUUUAUUGAAAUAUAUAUAAACUCAUGACUAUAUGGCCUAUGGGCGCAUGUAACAAGGUCUGUCAAGGAGUAAUUGAAACGGGCUGAAAUUUUGUUGAUAAUGUAUUAAUUGAACAAGACUAUUAUUGCUCUUUGGCUGCAUGCUUAUUGCUCAAACAGCCUCUUCCGUUUGCAAUAUUCGGUAUUCUGUCACUAGCAAAAUAAUGAAUUCUGCGGAAUCACGAACCGUGACUUAUAUUUGAACCUACCUGCCUUUCGUAUCGUUCUGGCAAAGAAAUUCAUAAACCACCAUAUGUACAGUCUCAUAAACGCUUCCUAAAAAUAAGAAAUAACCUAUCACGAUUUUAAAACUAUACAUGUGUGUUUCAAUCCACGGUAUUUAACUUAAAUACAGAAAGUUUUUAUAAUCUGCAAAAUUCCUGCCAGACGACAGGAAGUUUAAUACUCACAAUACACUAUGCAGGUACUUCCUUUAAGGUUUUUAGUGUAUACGAUAUUGAGGAGUUGCAAGAUAUUUCAAAUCCACCCCUUCAGUACUUCCCUUGCGAUAAUAACUUCUAGUAUUAUAAUUAAUUUUUUGUGUUACAAUUGUCAUAUAAUUUAUAUAUAUUCCUGCGCGAUAACAUGCUGACAUUUGAUAUUUAUUAAGGAAAUGCUCAACGGAUGCAUGGUUACUCUCUGAAUUGAAUCAAGUCUCCCACGCAUACUAUAUGCACAUACCUAGGUACGGCCCCCUUCGUUGAUGAGAAUUGAGAAUAUUAUCACAUGAUGUUGAAAUUAGAAAAAAAAAGAAUAUACUAUGGGUAUACCCAAAGGCAAGACUGAGCCUCAGGUUUUUAAAGAAACGCUGAAGCCUUCUGGAACCCUACAAUACAAGAACUGACAAGUUAACUCUAUCAACGAAGCGAAUGCAAAUACAUACUAGGUAAUACAAAACAAGGUUUCGGUAAGACGGGCCAGCUUGGUUCCGAUAUAAAUAUAAAAUUAGGAAGGAAUAACUGACAAAAACCAAUCCCACUACUGGCACUGACUAAAGGCUAGUUUCGACUCAGGAAAAUUAUCCGUGGAAUGGAACGGACAAGAAAGUUUUUCUUUGUCUUGUGAGCUCUGGGUUGGAACUAAUGACUUUAACACAAAGAAAAAUUUUCUAGUCCGUUCCAAUCCACGGAUAAUUUUCCUGAGUGGAAACUAGCCUUAACUGUAUAGCCUGGCCUGAUGCUCUCUGGACUAGGAUUGCAUGCAUAUCAUUUACAAUAUCAACCAUUGUUAUAGUCAUCCAUAUUUGAUAUAAUGCAUCAUUAUUGAUGUAUUAUUGAAAUUCGAAGAAUUUUGAAAGAACAAGUAUGAGGCACAUGGCGAAAAAUAAGAUAGUACAUCAUCUGCAACUACUGUAUAUUUGACAUUUAUUGAUGCAAAUUCUUUCAAAAAUCAGAUCGAUUACAAAAUAAAUUAAUAUCAGACUCAUGUGAUGAACUUAAGAUAUUGACCCCUUCCCUUGUUUAGGCAAAUCCCGAUUAUACAAAAGAGUACAGCAUGUAUGUAUGUUGCCAUUGCGAUUCUGCAAUGCACACCUGUAUUUAAAAACGUUUGCCUGCCAGAAAACGUACACUAGGCGAAGGUUCUAUUUUGAAACAAGAAACAAGCAUCCACAGUUCUGUUGUAUCCACCUCACACAAUUACAUUUUAGUUUAAUGUACCGCUUUGCUUUUACUUCCACCAUUAAACAUAAAUAUCGACACAACAUAACAUUUCCCAUAACUUAACUGAAAACGACACCAACUCCUUCGCUAAUUGUUCAGUGAAAAAAUUUCUGUUUGUUCACAGCAGAUCAAUGGAUUUAUGACGUUUUGUGACGAUUUCCACUUUCUCUUGUCUUCGUGGGAAAUUCGCAGGUUUAUAAGGCUUAAAAAAAAUAUCUGUGGUUCCGGUUCCCGACCGACCCUAUUAUUUUCUGCCGACCCUAUUAUUUUUUCAACGCGAUUGACCGUGCGACUCUAUUUUCUCCAGGUGAUUGCGGGCUGCUCAUACAGCGUGCCAAAAUGGCGUCUGUUGUCACAAUAAUUAUUGAACCAAAUUUCGGAAGAGCGUCCAUAGGAAAUACGCACUUCUAGUUAAUAUUGAUGUCCGGACUCUACUGCAAAUUUGGCCCAGCAAAAAACCGGCAAAACCAUGAAAAUAAUAUUCAAAAAAAAAUUUAUUUCCGACCUACCGACCCUAAUUUUUUCACGAUAUGAAACUGGAACUACAGGUAUUUUUUACGCCUAAUGGCAAUGCUUCGCAAACGCAAAUAAUUAUGAUAUCGCAGAUAUAAAAUACUGUAUGUUUAUAAAUCAGAGUUCCUUUACAUACGUUGCGAAAAAUCUGGGAUCGACAAAAUUAAGAUGCUGCCUUUACGAAACAGCAAUAAACACUUUGAUUCAUUAAUUUUGAGAAUGUAACGGGGAGAUAAGAGCUCCAUAACGACAUUUUAUCGAAAACUAAAUAUUAAGCUAUUGCUUUUAAAUGUGCAGAAAUUGGGUUUGUACGCUGUCAUAGUCUGUCAAGAUAUGAUGGUCUGGAAGCCCUAAAAACUUCAAAGCUAUAAAUGUUGAACUGUACCUCAUCGAGCGCAAAUCUUUUGUCAAAUAUUAUUCAUCGUGAUUUGCACGUUUCAUCUCAGCUAUCCCUGUUGGACGAUUAUACUUCAUUAUACGAAAAUACAAUAAGCUCAUCCGCACCGUAACCGUGCACAAAUUAACAUAAACUCUGACAGAAACAUCAAAUACAAUGAUAUCUGUUCAGUCCCCAGACACACAUAUCUUGAUAGACUAUGUCUAUGAUGCUGCCAACCUGAAGUGGUAUUUUAACAAAGUGGCGAGAUUUUGUGAGCUGAAACCGUGAGAAUUUAAAAAUUUCCUCACGUUUUCUUAUUAUUGUGGAUUAAAUUGUAUAAAAAGUCCGAUAUUUAUUUAGCUCGAAUGAUUUAAAUCAUGAAUGCAUGUCUCUGCUAAACGUACUCCUCAUAUGUACAGCAUUUGUUUAAUAUUGGAAGUUAGAUCUUGGAACAAAAUUCAGCGUUAUAAGAGCUUUAAUCAAGUGAGCGCGAUUGUAUUAUACCUAUUAUAAGCUAAUAAAUACACUUCAAGAUUUCCUCAAAAAAUCGUGAGAUUUAAUGACUUUGUUGUGAGACCCCGUGAGAAAGCAUAAAAAAGAACUUGAAGUAUGAAAGAGUCUCACGAUAAACCUGUGUGAGUUGGCACUAAUGUUGAAAUAUCUGCUCUUGUGAUGUACAGUGCAAUUCGACACGUAUUAACAUAUCCGUCAUAGCUAGAGUUGGCAAGUAAGGUUUAGGAAUAAGUAGAUACAUAUUACAAGCCUUAUAUUUAACUGAGACUUUUUUCAUGAUUUGGCGUGCUCAAUCAAGUUAUCGAGUAUACGCGGGAAGUUGGGAGACCAGCUCUAGAUCUAGCACUUGAGCACUCCAAAUCAUGAAAACAUUCUUUUAUAAUAUUAGUCAGACAGAUAGAGGAUCAAAAUUAUGGAAAACUUACCAUAUCGUGGGACAAUUCCACGUUGCCUUCAUAUUGUGCCCUGAAGGCUAGUAAGUACGUUUCUGUAUGGUGGCCGCGUUAAAAUUUCUUGUGGGCCCCUGCCGACACGUUUUUCUUCGAAUUUUGUAUUAAACUCUAUUACAGUUAAAAAAUGUGAAAUUUCUGAUACACUUAUAAUACAAACGACUUGCAUCAAUAGAAAGGCGACAAAAAACUACAUAUGAGACAUUUAAAUGGUCAGAUGGGAUUUUCAAGUGGUUUUCGAGUUAUUGCUGUUUCAAAUGUGGAAAAUAAGCCAAAACCUGGCAAAAAUCUUGGGUACUAGUCUGAAAACACGCUUUCAACAGCUUAUAACUCAAGAAGAACUUGAAAACCCCUGGUAACCGUUUAAAUGUAUUCUAUGUAGUGUUUUGCAAGCUUUCAAACGCUGUAAGUCAUUUGUGUUAGAAAUGCAUUUGAAAUUACACAUUUUGUAACUGUAAUAGAAUUUAAUACAAAAUUCGAAGAAAAACAUGUCGGCAGGAGCACACAAGAAAUUUUAACGCGGCCAACAUACAGAAACGUAAGCUAACGUACUUACUAGCCAUCAGGGCACAAUAUGAAGGCAAAAUGAAAUUGUCCCACGAUAUGGUAAGUUUUUGAAGCUCAGAAAGGUUUUGAAAUUUAGAAAAUCUUGCAAAAAUGCAAGUUGCAGGAAAUGUUUGAUAUUUCGCCUGCAGUCGUUAUAAUCCAAAUUUCAAAUUUGACCAAUCAGUGUUCACUAUUCACGACAGUCCGCUACAUAUUUUGAGAUCAGUGAGGACGACCACCCAUGAAUGGCGAACCAUGCGCCCGCAAUAUUUGAUGAACUUUAGACUUCGCUUGUGCGUUCCUGUCCCCGGGUGUAAAUAGCCAGCCAUAAGAAAGGUCCCAAAAAUUUGUUGGAUAAUUAUCGCCCAAUCUCUAUCCUUCCAGCUAUCAGCAAGGCCUUUGAAAGUAUACUUUACGAGCAACUACAUGGCUAUUUAUCCAAUGCUAGCAUACUUUCGAAAUGUCAAUUCGGUUUCAGACGAUAUCACUCUACAACUACGGCUCUUCUUGAUAGCACUAAUCAAUGGUAUUCAAAUAUGGAUAAAGGUUUGCUUAAUAUUGUUGCUUUUUUAGAUCUUAAAAAAGCUUUUGAUACCAUUGAUCAUGAAAUCUUGAUUGAAAAGCUAAAUAUGUAUGGGGUAAAACGGCAUUUAUUGGGGUUACUUGAAUCAUACAUAACAAAUCGGUCACAAAAAUGCUUUAUAAAUGGUACAUUAUCUCAUUCUAAACCGAUUAAGUGUGGAAUUCUUCAGGGAUCGAUUUUGGGGCCACUAUUCUUUUUAGUGUAUAUUAACGAUCUGCCUAAUUGUUUAAAAUACUGUACACCGAGAAUGUUUGCAGAUGAUACGACGCUCACUGUGUGUGGCAAAUCCACACAUGAAAUUUCGUCUACUUUGAAUCAUGAUUUAAAUAAUAUUAGCGAUUGGCUAAUGGCUAAUAAGCUUUGUUUGAACCUUAGCGAAACGGAAUAUAUGCUAAUAGGAUCCAGACACAGCAUCAAUAAUCUUGUUGAUAAUCCUUGUAUUUCUGUUGAUUGUAAACUUUUGAACCGAGUCAUAGUGACUGAGUCUCUAGGAAUUCAUAUUGACCAAUUUCUCUCUUGGGAUUUUUAUAUUGAGAAAUUGACAAAGAAAAUUUCUAGUGGCAUUGGAGCGAUUUCUAGGCUUAAACCGUUUGUAUGCAGAAAUACUCUUAUUUCUGUCUACAACGCUUUAGUUCAAACAUAUUUUGAUUAUUUUGUAAGGUGUGGGAUCCGAUUGGCAGCGUUUUAUCUGAUAAACUGCAGACUCUUCAAAAUCGGGCAGCAAGAAUAAUUAUGGGUUACCCAAAUGAGCACGGAUGCUCAGAAGCUGCUUUGACUGCGCUCGGGUGGAAAACACUUAAGGAACGUCGAUUUGAAUCUAAAGCCAGACUCAUGUAUAAGAUUAUUCAUGGUUUUGCACCUACUGCGCUUACUGAAAUAUUUUCUAGUGCUUCAGUUGUCAGAUCUCAUGACUACAAUUUACGUAAUUCUGACAUGAAGCUUAAUCUUCCUUUUCCUAAAACGGAAUAUUUAAAAAUGAGUAUAAGUUUCAAUGGUGUUAAAUUGUGGAACAAUUUACCUAUUGAAGUUAGAAACGCAGAAAGCCUAGGAAUUUUUAACUCGCUUUUAUGUGCAACUAGCCUGUCACGAUCUACUAGUUUGGAAAUAUUUAAAUUUGUAUAUACGUAUCUUGUUGUUUAUUAUGUGUUUCAAUUUUUUUUCACCACGCCCCCCUUGGAAAUCAAUUUGUAUUGAAAGGGUUAGCGUGUUUAAAUAAAGUUUUACCUACCUACCUACCAAUUAGUACCCUCGCCCCGGCAUACGCCCGGAACGGCGCUCGGCGCCGUUGGCUCGGGACUAUAUCAUUGUGUUAUGGUCUGAUCUAUUACCUAUCCUGGAACUUGCACCAUACUUUAGAUAGUGUAGCCAGGAUUAAGUUAUGCCGUUCAAUUAGAAGUAUAUAUAUAUAUAUAUAUAUAUAUAUAUAUAUAUAUAUAUAUAUAUAUAUAUAUAUAUAUAUAUAUAUAUAUAUAUAUAUAUAUAUAUAAAUAUAUAUAUAAAAUAGUUUGUGUAGGGUUAUAAAAACCAAUGAUAGAGUGCUCAAUGGAUAACCAGAGACAAAAACUACUAAACAUAGGCUAUUUUAUCUGAAGAGUGCCACGUUAUUUACGUGGUACGAAACUGUAUAGUAAUAAAUAUGCCAAAGAAAGCUUGCUAAGUUUUUGUGUCUUUCUAUAUAUAUAUAUAUAUACCGUUGAAUGAAUGGCGCAAGCAAACUAUUUAGAGUAGUAUCGCCUGAAGAUCGCUUUGAAAGCGUGAAACACUGUGUAGCGAUUAAUAAAAUUUUAAGAUUAUAAUUAGUAUAUUUUGCUCUAUCAAUUAAAUUUGUUAUUGAGCACUCUUUUUGUACAACGGACAACGAUUUAUUAUUGUAUAUAUAUAUAUAUAUAUGAAAUGUUGCUGAUAACAAGAUACAAGUCUUUUCUAUAUAUAUAUAUAUAUAUAUAUAUAUAUAUAUAUAUAUAUAUAUAUAUAUAUAUAUAUAUAUAUAUAUAUAUAUAUAUAUAUAUAUAUACAGCUAAUUCAAAAAAGGUUGUCCUUUGCAAACCUUAAACUCUAAACCUUAAACUUUAAACUCUGAGCGCGCAAAGCAUAAUGGGAGCACAAAUUUCAAGCUUAGCAGUUGUAUAUUGCAGCGGUUUGUGAGUGAAAUGUUUUCACAGGGAGAUGUUUACCAUGUCUCUGAGAAAUGGGCUCCAUAUAUGCUUUCUAAACUGCUUAAAUCGUGCUCCCAUUACGCUUUGCGCGCUUACAGUUUAAGGUUUAAGGUUUUAGAGUUUAAGGUUUGCAAAGGACAACCUUUAUUGAAUUAGCUGUAUAUAUAUAUAUAUAUAUAUAUAUAUAUAUAUAUAUAUAUAUAUAUAUAUAUAUAUAUAUAUAUAUUUUAAAGUUUUGCUGUGUUUAAUGGAGUUAUUGAGCACGCAUUUCAGCCAAUCAAAACGUUCUUAUAUAACAUGUAUAUUAUAAUUGAAUUUUGAGGAUUUCGUAACGAUAAAAUGGAUCACGACAAAUCGGGACACGACGUCAAUUGGCGUCAAAACGUCGCAGCUUUACUUCGGCAUAGAGCUGCUGUUUAUCGCCUUUAUUUAUUCAGUAAUACGAAUUCAGAAAGGCAAUUUCUGGCGAAUUUUCUCACGCUAUCCAUUAUUUUUUGCCUCCCAAAAUCGCGUAAUUUCUAAUACCUGUACACGCAAAUACGCCACAGCAUACCUAUAUUUUUUACCAUUUGCAGCAUAUAUUCACUCAUAAUAAUUGAUUAUUUUUCUCGAGUUCAAAUCUAGUGUUAUGUAAAAUUCAGGAUGAUGUUAUUUCCGUUUUCAUAAAACUUUUAUACAAGUUUACAAUGGCCAGGAAUCUUAAGGCACUUAAAAUGUAUUUGAAUAAUUCAAAUUAAAAGAUACACCUUGUGUCUAAUUUGAAUACUUGUUUUACCGUGUUUGAAUAAAUUUCCUGCAUCAAAUUAUAAACAAUAGCGAAAAACCUGUGAUUGUGUUUACUUUCGGCUAAAUUUACAAGCUCCCACUUUACAACUGCAUGCAUGAUUAGUCAUAUACGAUUCUUAUUCUGGUGUAUGCAAUCGGGACACGGCGUCGAUUGGCGUCAAAACGUCGCAGCUUUAAACUGAAGGGAGAGGAAUUGUGGCAUCAGCAGUAGUUUUCAUACAUACCUGAUUUAAAGUAACUAGAAGCGUUUUCAGUUGACAUCAGGUGUUAGACAGAUUAAAAUUAAAGCCAGUUGGUAUUUUUUUUCAGAUAUUCUUAACAAACUCGAUGAAUCCACCAAUCCAUGUGAUGAUUUUUACCAGUAUAGUUGUGGCGGAUUCUUAAACAAAACUCAUCUACAUGAUGGUAAACCGUACUUGGAUUCAUUCAGUGUAGCAGAGGAUUUCGUUCAAAAUGCCUUGAAAGAGAUAUUGCAAAAUGAUAACUUGAUGUCAGAUUACUCAGAGGUACUGUAAUUUAUUAUACUGUAACUUACUGUUAUUCGUAACAUUGGAAAAGUGAUAAAAUGUCGUACAUAAGAACCAGUGUAUUAUGGGCCACCAUGCAGGCUGAAAUACAGGCAGUUAUUAAACACCCAAAAUUCAAGAACCACUUCUGUCUUCAAUGGAAAAGUUUGACUAAAAAACUUCAGUAUAAUAAUGCAUUCACAUGUAGUGACUCAAAAUGACGCAAACUUAUGACCAAAUUUACUUACUUUGUAAAAGUAAAUCUUUAUUAACACAUAAAAAUGGAGUUGAUUUAAACUUCACUCAAAAUAUUUAAUGAAUACUAGCUAAAUUUGCUUCUAUAACUGUGGGUACAUUAUUUUAUUCGAAUCAAAAUAUACGCAGGGAUUUUACAGUGUUCAUGUUGACAAAUUGCCUGGUUCGCAAGCUCAGAUUGCCAUGAGUGCAAAUAAAUUCUUAUACGGGAACGGGUAAAGUAUGAGCUAGAAUAAUUUGCUUAUUUUUUAAUGAGAUUUAGAUCAUUGGGAAUUAAGGACAUUUGCAUGCAUCAGCAAUUUUGCUUGCAAUGGGAUUUGGAAAUCAGUGUGUGAGAUUUAGACACAAUUUUGACGGGGGGAAAUAGGAUUGAAAACAUCUUUUACCAUCCGCGUAUAUGCACUGUAAAAACAAGUCCGUUAAAAUAACCAAUUUGAAUUGGACAGGUUGUCCCAGGUGCAAAAAAAUGGGUUAUUUUAACCCAAUUUUUCUCAGAGCUACUUUAAUUAUCAUACUGUUAUUCAUAACAUAAUAUUGGUCAAAAUAAAUGCAUCUGAGGCAACCAAUUCUGAUUGGUUAUUUUAUCCAAUCUGAGUGUUUUUACACUAGUCCAACGGACAUGCACAGAUAUUUGAGAAAAUCAUGCACUUUGUGAAGAAAGCACCAAAUUCACAGGAAGUGUAGACUUUAACAUGAUAAUGAAUCUUAGAUAUGGAGGCAUCACCAAAAUUGAUACUGACGGCUUAAAAUUUAGGAUUUCUUAUAUUCUCUUAUUAAUCUCUUAUACAAUUAAAAAUUGUGAAAUUGCAGGUUCACAUAUAGCAAAAAUGACAUGCGUCAUUAGAAAGCUUACAAAAAACUGCAUAUAAGACAUUUAAGCAGUUACUUUGAUUUUCCAACUCCUCUGGAGUUAUGAGCGGUUUAAAAUAUGUUUUAGGGCUAGUGUCCAGGACUUCGGCGGGAUAUUUGCCUAUUUAUCACGUUUUUAAAUAGCAAUGAAUGGAAAACCGCUUGAAUAAUCAAUCAACCGUUUAAAAGUCUUAUAUGUAGUUUUUUGUAAGCUUUCUAAUCAUGCAAGUCAUUUUUGCUAUAUGUGAACCUGGAAUUUCACAAUUUUAAACAGUAAUAGAGUUUAAUAAGAGAAUAUAAGAAAUCCUAAAUUUUAAGCCGUCAGCAUCAAUUUUGGUGAUGCCUCCAUAUCUAAGAUUCAUUAUCAUGUUAAAGUCUACACUUCAUGUGAAUUGGGUGCUUUCUUCACAAAGUGCAUGAUUUUUUACUUUUCCGCUGAACUACACUGUGAAAUCAGAAUUAGCAGAACUAAGUCUGCAUGCUUGAUUUCACACUAAAGCCGGUUACAGACGAGCAAGAUUUCUAUGACAAGUUUUUAUGUGACAAGUUUUAUUUGCUCGUCUGUACACGCAAAUUCAGUGACAAUUUUUUCUAUGACAAGUGCACUCGUUCAACUCAUGCCAGCUUUUGAACAAGUGCACUUGUCAAAAAAAUUUUGUUCGUCUAUAUGGGUCAACAAAGAAAACUUGUCAAAGUAAUCUGAGCAUUUGAUGUGAUUGGCCAGCGUUCGCGUUGUCCACUGUACUAUUACAUUGCUGGCUACUAAUAAAUUGUCAAAGUAAACUUGUUGAGACGUUCACACCAGUAAAUAAAACUUGUCAUAUAAAAUUUGUUGCAUAUGCACACGUGCACUUUGCAAAUAAAACUUGUCACAUAAAAACUUGUCAUAGAAAACUUGCUCGUCUGUAACCGGCUUAAGUAUAGGCCUAUAAAAUUAUAUGUUUUAUCAAAAACAUUUCAGACAAAUUUCACAUGUGAAAAUGCCUCACGUGCGAAGUGUUCCAAUUCCAUGCACAUACAAUAUAAAAAGGUCACAUGUGAAAACUCUAAAUUUCACAUCGAAAAUGACGAUUCUCACAUCUGAAGUUCCAAUUCCACAUAAAAUUUUACAUGUGAAAUGAUGUGUGGAAACGAUGUGUGGAUUUUCCUUGCGGGUUAUUUCACACAGAAAAAAUCAUUAAAACUGAUAAACCAACCCCACUAUGACAUCCCAAUCUCCAACCUCUCCAUUGUGUUUAGGAUUCAGCUGUUUAUAAAGCCUUCACAUUCUACAAAUCCUGUAUGAAUGAGAAUUAUAUUAAAAAUGAUGGGGUUCAACCAAUUCUUGACGCGAUCGAGAAACAUGGCUCCUGGAAUAUCACCAACAAGGACUGGAAUGGAGAUUCUUGGAAAUUAGAAAAAAUUCUUGCCAGGGCAUUGGUUGACCUUAACACUCCAGCUUUUCUAUCUUGGGGUAUAUCACGAAGUCUUUUUGACACAACUAAAAAGUUUGUCACGGUAGGUUGAAGAGUUGAAGAAUAGACGUUUUCCAAGGUAUAGCUUUUUUUAUUCUGUCUUGAAAAGUUUAUUUUCUGAAUUGUGUUGUCCCUAUCGUCCUGGCUAUUUUAACCAGGAUUCCUGAUUAAUUUAACCAGUUAGGCUAUAUGGUUGAAUUAGCCAGACUAGGUUAGGUGGAUUAUUAACCAGGCAUUCUGGGUUAUAGAUAUAGAUAGUUUGGUUAAUUAGUCUGGAGCAUUAAUUUUAGGUUAACGAGGAAAUUUUUGACCAGAGUGGUUGAGAGUAUUAAAAGGCUUGCAAACUUGCAAUUUAUUGUAUGUUCCGACUGGGCACAAUAUUAGAAGCUCAAUAUUAAGGUAGCACAGUGGGGGAUUUACAGGAAGUUUAUUAUAAGGGAAAUGCGAAAUUUGUAUUAGCGAAAGGUAAUCUCAGCUAGGUAUGUUACAGGAUUAAGCUUUUUGAAGUUGGCCUGCAACCCAACAGUUGAAGCGCGCAUUUAGAAAGUGAAAUUUUUCAAAGACUAUGGCGUAGCGUCGGUUCAUGGCUUAACUGCCUAACUUCUGCUGCCGUCUUUGUAAAAUAUUGGUCAAUGUUGCAUUAUUAGAGCUUACCACUUUACUUUAAAGGAUUCCAGAGUCAGGCAAUUUAAUUAGUAUACUUUUAAUUUGGGAGUGAGGUAGGGGAGGGGGUGUUCUUUCUAUCGAAUGCAGCUGCUAAAUCAGAAAACUAAUUUAGUCGUCCGUUAGAACACCAAAUCGUGGUGUUAUUAAACACCGGAAUUGGUUGACACUUAAUGUACUGUGUUAACGUUCUCUUUCUUGAAUACCAUAUAGAUCGGUGGAGGAAUUUCUGCUUAUGACAGAGGACUAGAUAGGAAACGAUCUCAUUCGAGAUUCCCGCAAGAUUACUUAGAAGAUAAGGUAG